UCAUUGCAAUCUACCUUUCUUUCUUCUCUCUUUUUCACAGUCUGCGGACAGUCUGAGAUAUCUCCACGUAUUGUGGGAGGGGAUCCAGCCCCCGAGGGCGCAUGGCCAUGGCAAGUCAUCUUUAUGACAAACAGCCAGCCUAUAUGUGGAGGCUCCCUCAUCAACGAGAAGUGGGUGGUGUCGGCAGCUCACUGCUUCCUUAAAAACCAAAAUCUCCCUGCUUCUCUUGUUUUUGACUCUUGUUUUCCCUCUUCCAGCGGUUUCACACAGUAUGAUGUGCUGCUGGGGGCCCAUCAACUCACAAACCCGCCUCCCAGCCUUAAGGUAACUACUGUGCAAUGGGUUAUUUCUCACCCUGACUAUAACGGCAAGGAUGGCUCUCCUGGAGAUAUCGCUUUAGUGGAGCUGAAGGCCUCAAUGGAUUUGAAGGACUACAUCCUCCCAAUCUGUCUGCCGGACUCUUCUGCACAGUUCUCUACGAACACAACCUGCUGGGUCACAGGCUGGGGGCAGGUUAAAGACGGAGAGGCCUUGCCACCCCCACAAACGCUUCAGGAACUGGAGGUGCCCCUCAUUGACCGAGACACAUGCAACUCUCUCUUCAACAGUGCCCCGGCGCCAGAGCUGCCUCAGAAUCCUGUCCUAGAUGAUAUGAUCUGCGCUGGUUACCCAGAAGGCGGGAAGGAUGCCUGUCAUGGUGACUCUGGAGGACCCUUGGUUUGCAGGUGCGAUGCGGGUUGGACCCUGGCUGGGGUUGUGAGUUGGGGAGAGGGCUGUGCUGAACCCAACCACCCUGGUGUCUACACCUUAGUGCCUUACUAUGCCAACUGGAUCUCCGAAAAUGUACCCAACAUAACCUUUGUGGCAUGCAACCAUGCUGGAUGGCACAGUGCCCCCAUUAUGACACUCUUCCUCGCGUCUCUUGCUCUGGCCCUCCCUUGAGGCGCCAUCUCUCUACCGGCCUGCAGCCCGCACGGUACUGCUAACUAGACUCUGUUGAGAAGUAUCCAAAAGGACUGUGUGAAGUAGGCUGGAGUCUCCGGGAAUCUUCUCCCACUUCUGUCAAAUUAAUUGGGGCACAUCUGCAUUACCCAUUUUUUAAAGAAAAAAUAAAAGCUUUGAUAGUG